UGGGGAGCUAACAGAGACGGCGAGAAUCCAUCCAACCCAGCCCAAGGCACCAACACACACUACGCCCAACUGGUGAUCACCAAUUGACAGGAGCUAGCUAGCAUAAACCCCCACAUGAGCAACAGCUAAUUCCCCAGUCUCCUUCAGCCCUCCCUCUCAUAGAUUCUAGUUCCAAAUUCCCCUCCAAUGGACGCUACCGGCGCACAGUCGCAUGCAGCUCAUAUAAGUACGCCUUACCCCAUGGCUUCCUUUGAGACACCCGCACACCGGUGCCACCACCACAGCUGCGGCGAGCUGCACUGCUGCGCCCUGAGGCCGCCAAUGGUGAAGUUCUCCAAGCAGUUCGAGGGCCAGCUCGUGCCGGAGUGGAAGGAGGCCUUCGUCGACUACUGGCUGCUCAAGAAGGACAUCAAGAAGCUGCAGGCCGCUGCCGGCGUCGAGGCGGCGCCGCCGCAGUCACAGUUCCAGGCGCCCGUGGCUGCCAGUCACUGGGUGAUGAGGCUCCCGUUCCUCAACCCCCAUGGCCAACACAAGGAGCACAGCGCCAUACAGGUGCACAGGAAGCUGGCGAGCAGCGGCAACCACGGCGCGGUGGCCGGAGAGGUGUACGAGACGGAGGUUCUGGACGCGGCGGGGUUCGCCGGCGCGGAGGCGGAGGCGGCGAGGGCCUUCUUCCAGAGGCUGGACGAGCAGCUGAACAAGGUGAACCGGUUCUACGAGAGGAAGGAGGGGGAGUUCCUGGAGCGCGGCGAGUGCCUCAGGCGGCAGCUGCAGAUCCUCGUCGAGCUCAAGGCCGCCGUCACCGAGGCGCGGCGCCGCGGGGGCUCGUCGGCGGCGGGGAGCGCCGACCUGGAGGACCCGUCCGUGUCUUGCUCUAUCCUGCAUGGAGAUCAAUCCCUCAGGGGCAUUACAAAGCAAGAACACGAAAGUCAAGAAAAGCUCGCCGACAAUGCUACGGCAAAGAACACUGAUGAAGGGGAGGACCAUCUUUCCAUCUCCGAAGGUCUGGGUGACUCGGGGAGGAUUGAGAAGCCGACAGAAGAAGUAGCCAACAAGCUGAUGACAUUCUCGGGAAGGGCAGUCACUUGCCAGGGUAGGAGCGUGAGGAUCAACAUUCCAGUCACCACACCGUCGAGGACCGUGUUCGCCAUCCGUGAACUUCUGUUCGAUGACAUGCUAAGCCAGUCAAGGAAGACUGGGGGGAAUGGUGGUGAUGGCGGUGAGAAGUUGAGCAUCAACAAGAAAAAGGUGCACCAGGCAGAGAAGAUGAUCAGAGGAGCCCUGGUUGAGCUGUACAAGGGCUUGGGGUACCUCAAGACAUAUCGGAGCUUGAACAUGCUGGCUUUUGUGAAGAUUUUGAAGAAAUUUGACAAGGUUACAGCAAAGGAAGUGCAGACAAUUUACCUGAAAGUAGUGGAGAGCUCCUACUUUAAUAGCUCCGACAAGGCAAUCAGGUUAAUGGACGAUGUCGAGGAGCUGUUUGUGAGACAUUUCGCAAGCGGUGACAAAAGGAAAGCAAUGAAGUACCUGAAGCCAAAUCAGAAAGAAGAAUCACAUGCUACCACAUUUUUCAUAGGACUAUUCACUGGUGGCUUUGUAGCACUAUUUAUCGGUUACUGUAUCAUGGCGCACAUAUCUGGGAUGUACACUCAUCAGUCAAACAAGGUCUACAUGUCAACAUCCUACCCUGUCCUUAGCAUGUUCAGCCUCUUCUUCCUGCAUCUCUUCCUCUAUGGAUGCAACAUCUUCAUGUGGAGAAAGACACGCAUAAACUACGCAUUCAUAUUCGAAUUUGCACCUACGAAAGAGCUCAAGUAUCGUGAUGUGUUCUUGAUAUGCACUACCUCUAUGACGAUUGUUGUUGGUGUCAUGUUUGCACACCUGACACUCAUUGUCAAAGGGUAUUCUUCAAGUACAGUCCAAGCAAUCCCAGGGUGCCUUCUUCUGGUGUUCUUAUUAGUAUUGGUCUGCCCUUUCAAAAUCCUUUACCGAUCAAGUCGUUAUCACUUCCUAAUAGCAAUCAGAAACAUCAUUCUAACUCCCUUUUACAAGGUUGUCAUGGUUGAUUUCUUCAUGGCUGAUCAGCUUUGUAGCCAGGUACCGCUGCUUAGGACCUUGGAAUACCUGGCAUGUUAUUACAUAACCAGCAGCUAUAAGACACAAGACUAUGGAUACUGCACAAGAGUGAAACAUUUUAGAGAUUUGGCUUAUGCAGUAUCCUUCCUGCCCUACUACUGGAGAGCCAUGCAGUGUGCAAGGAGGUGGUUUGACGAAGGGGACAUAAACCACAUUGUCAACCUCGGGAAGUACGUGUCAGCAAUGCUUGCUGCAGGAACAAAAGUGGCAUAUGAGAAUGAUAACAGUGCUGGAUGGCUGUCACUUGUCGUCAUCGUGUCAAGUGUCGCCACUAUCUACCAACUGUACUGGGACUUUGUCAAGGACUGGGGUCUUCUACAGUUUAACUCCAAGAACCCUUGGCUUCGUAACGAUCUGAUACUUAAACAAAAAUACAUUUAUUUCAUAUCCAUGGGUUUGAACCUUCUUUUGAGGCUUGCUUGGCUUCAAACUGUCAUCCACCCUAACAUUGGAAGCCUGGAUUCUAGAGUAACUCUGUUCUUUUUGGCAGCUCUUGAGGUGAUUCGACGGGGCCUUUGGAACUUCUACAGGCUGGAGAACGAACACCUAAACAAUGCAGGGAAGUUCAGAGCUGUGAAGGUUGUUCCACUUCCUUUUCAUGAAGUCGAAGAGAACUAACAGCAUGGGGCGUCAUUGCAGCACGCUCUAGGAUUGCAGAACUCCCAAACAGUUCAGAUGUAACACCAACUAAUGUUAGAAAGCAUGCACUACACUACUACAAUUCAAUUCAUUUUUUGGUGUGACAAAUAAAGCGCAUUCAAAUGUACCGUUUGGAGAGGAGAAGUGAUAUGCAAAUAAUAACACUAUAUACAUAGAGCACAUAAGUUCCAACUAGUUUUCCAUGUAAGAAUUUGUACUGGUAUAAUGUAAACUGAAGUCAGAUCACUUCAUGAGAUCCAAGUACUCGAAAAAUAGUUGCUCUACA